AUGGUGACCACACCUCACAAGAUCACUUUCCUACUUACCCAUAAAAACAUGUCGGUUCAUCUGGAGGACUUGGAUCAAUUCUUCACGGUGUUUGACGGCUCUGCUCCGGAGGACGUGUCUCACGCCCGGCAGCUGUGGAGCUCCAUGUCCAUGCUGCCGCCGCUCGAGUCCCGGCUGCUGUCGGCUGAUAUCCGACAGAGGCUGCCGGUGUCCCGUCCGCAGCGCGGCAGCACCGCGGCUGCAGGACCCCGGACCUCCAGUGCCUCGGAGACACCGAGCGUCCCGGCUCUGCGGCAGCGACGGGAGGAGAGGCAGCGGUACGAGGCCAUGGCCGACCAGAGGAGGGAGAUCCUGGCUCUGCUGAGGAGGCGGAGGGAGCAGAGGAUCCAGAAGGAGCUGCUGUCUGAGCCCUUUAAACCGAAGGUGAAGCUCGGAGGAGGAAAAGCGCUGAAAGUGCACCAGAGUUCAGACUGUGAGAUGGACACGGAGCUGGUGAAACAGCUGCAGUAGAACAUGAACUAAUCAACUGUUGGUGAUGUUUAAAAUAAAAGCUUCAGACCUAUAAAAAAGGGAAUACAUCAAACUGAAGGAGCACUUUAAAUUUUUAAAGGCUGUUUUCACUUAUAAAGUG